ACCUCUACUUCAAGGAAUCAUCCCGGGACCGGACAAACAGUGCAGAAUAGUCUCACAGUGUGAUGAUUUCCAUUCAGCAUCCAAAAGCACCGCGCAGCCUCUGACUGACUGCUGCAGAAUCGCCGCUUUAUCCAUAUUCUGACUUAAUAUGGCAUUGAGAAACACAGACGUGUAUAGUAAUGUUAAGCCUACUGUUUUACUCGGAUGUGUUUUAAUGAUCUGCACUGCGCUCAAUAAUGUGGACUCUUACCUCUAUAACAACCGCUACGUCGGUGAUCAAGUGUUCAGAAUAAUCCCCAGCAGUAAACCAGAGGUUCAAGCAGUCAAACAGCUUUUCCAAAACCUGACAGUGGACCUUUGGCUGCCCAACAGUGCAUCUCUGAUUCGAGAAAACGGCUCAAUCGACGUUCAUGUGAGGCGGGACAAGACGCAUUGGCUGAGAAAUCAUCUUCACCAAGCACACAUCUACUAUGAGGUGCUUAUUUCCAAUCUCCAAACUGAAAUUGAGAAACAGACGGGGUACCGGUCCUCCAGGAAGCGCAGAUCUGAACUCCAGUAUGACUAUGAAGUGUACCAUCCUUUAGAAGAGAUCCAGAGUUGGAUGUUUGAGAUGAACCGAACUCAUUCCCAUCUGGUUGAUCUGUUUUCUAUCGGUCAAUCCUAUGAAGGACGACCCCUCUAUGUGCUCCAGUUAGGAAAGAGAACACGUUUCUUUAAGAAGGCCAUGUGGAUAGACUGUGGAGUACAUGCAAGAGAAUGGAUCGGUCCAGCUUUCUGCCAGUGGUUUGUUAAAGAGGCACUGAACUCCUAUCAACAUGACUCCAGCAUGAGACGACUGAUGAAUCAGCUCAAUUUUUACAUUAUGCCUGUCUUCAACGUGGAUGGUUACCAUUACAGCUGGAAGAUGGAUCGCUUUUGGCGGAAAACUCGGUCAAAGAUACCAAAGUAUCAUUGUCGGGGAGUGGAUGCCAACCGAAAUUGGAAAGUCAAAUGGUGUGAUGAGGGUGCAUCCCUACACCCUUGUGAUGACACGUAUUGCGGACCGUUCCCCGAGUCGGAGCCAGAGGUCAAAGCUGUUGCCAAAUUUCUACGUAAACACAAAAAACGGGUGAAGGCCUACAUCUCAAUGCAUGCCUACGCUCAGAUGCUCCUCUAUCCAUAUUCCUACAAAUACGCCACUAUACCAAACUUCAACUGUGUGGAAUCAGCAGCCCAGAACGCAGUGAGCGCUCUCUAUUCAGCUUAUGGAGUGAGAUAUAGAUAUGGCCCUGCCUCCUCCACGCUUUAUGUGAGUUCUGGAAGCUCAAUGGACUGGGCUUAUAAGAACGGGAUCCCAUAUGCCUUUGCUUUUGAGUUGCGCGACACAGGAUACUAUGGAUUCCUGUUGCCAGAAGCCCUUAUUAAUCCAACCUGCACAGAGACCAUGAGAGCUGUCAAAACCAUCGCUUCAGGCCUGCUCAGGAAAUGCACCAAAUGAAACUUUCUACAGGACAUUCAGGGUGUGUUCACACUUGUAGUUCGGUUAAAAUGGUUCACUUUGUGUUCAAACAGUUUUUGAACCUGAAACAAACAACUAAAGAAACUGUUUUAUGAUAUACAGUUGGAGAUGAAAUGAUUAGCCUCGCUGUUAAAUUUUAUUUAUUCAUUUUUUAAGACCUUUUACGCAAAAGUAAUUUUUAGAAUUGGUUUAAACAGUUGUGGUGCAAGUCUGUGAAUAUAAGUAGCUUCUAAUGGUAAAAAUUGAUUAAUACAUUUUUUUAUAAUCACACUUCAUAAAAACCCUGCAGAAACACUGAUUGACAUCCUGCCUUUGGACAUGUCAUCAGAGGGGACAAGUUAUUAAAACUAUUAUUUUUAAAAAUGUGUUAAAAAACAUCUCCUUUAUAUAACACUUAAAAUAUUUAAAUAUUUAAAAAAAGUGAAUAUCACAACAAGGGUGUGGGGCGGUCAGAUAAUUUUGUCUUUAAAGGGAACAUAGUUUACCUCUUUUUUAUGAUUUAAUAUUAAUAUUAUGGUUCUUCUAAGUGUGCCAGUUUAGGUUCAGUUCAAAACACAAUUCAGAUUUUUUUAUUAUAAUGUGUUAAAAAGUGUCGUGUUGGGGGCGUGUCCACAGUUCGCUGAUUUAGGGUGUGUUGCUUCACAUGUAAAUUAGUUUCGGCUUCCCGCCAACGUAACAAGGGGGCGGGGCCAUGAGCUCACCCGCUCUGCGUUUGCAACAGAGUCUGACAGGCAGACUGCGAGAAGGAGUGAGAGGAUCACCAUUCAGUCGUACAUGUACGACUCUGACACAGACCAAGCACAGAGUACAAAAUCAUUUGUGUCUUUGUACAGUUUUACAGCCAACUGUGUGCUAGUUUCAAGUGCCGAGCUUGUACACAGAAACUGAUAACCAUGCUCACCGAAUUAACUUUGACUGAGGCACCGGAUGCGCCGCUCGAAGCCGCGACACGGCACACCAGACACUCUCUGUGGCGCGGCAGAAACGUGUCCCUAAUCGUUGCGCCACGCGUUUUUAAAUCCUAAACAUAGGUUUCUGCAGCGUUACCGGGGCGCCCAGCCGUCGACUUGAGUGUACCCUGAUAGAAACCUAUGUUUAGAAUUCUAAAACGCAUGCUAGUUAAGAUCACAGGGAGCUUCUGGGAUCGCGAGAAAUGCAAACGGCUGAAGUAUAAGGUAGACUCAAUGAGAAGUACACGUUUGCAAACCUACCUAAAGAUACAACCAAUAAUUCCGAUUAGAGCGAUAAUGUGGAGAAUAUUGAUCUUGGGUUGAGCCCAAUGAGCCUUGCAUCUAAAAAUAGAGCUAGGGUGUUCCUUUAGUGAUAUCGCUUCGACUCACGCUGAAAAUGGCGGACGUGAAUCAACAAACUGAGGAUAUGAUGUCGCGCCUGUCAAUCAAUAUUGGUGGGCGGGGGGACCGCUCUCCUACGUCAAGUAGCAGUCGAUUUGAAAACAGCUCCAAUUGGUCCACCGUUUUUUAUGUUGUUAAAUUGAAAAAAAAAGCACUGGGUGUGCUUAUAUCACCCCAAUAUGACAGUCUAUACACCAUACAUGCACAUAUGUCUGUCCAAACAGCUUGAAAAGUAGAUUUUUUACCAUAGGUGCCCUUUAAUGGUAUAUUGUGUGUAUAUUGAGACUGAACUAAUCAAACAUUCAAAACUAUGCUCAAUGCCUUGUGAUUAUUAGUUGAUUAAAAAACUCAUUAAGAGCUUCUAAAGUGUGUAAAGGCAUCCAAACCGUGCCAGGAAUUCCUUCAUCACACACACAAAUGAAGAUACACUGCAAGGAGAUGCCUUUAUGAUACUUCUACUGAACUAUAUUUGCAAUAUUGCAACUAUGAACACAAAAAACAGGUUAUGCUUGAGCAUUCUGUCCUUUUUUAGUCACAUCUUGUGAUCUGUUCGUCUGUAUUUAAAUGAAACCCAAGUAGAGUUCGUUUGGAAAUUACAUGAAGCACAUCUAUUCAGCAAUCCCCAUCUGCUUGUCUGAUGCACACUAAAGUUUGAAUAGCAACGUUCCCACCUGAAGCAUUCUGUCAGAGCAUUAAGCAUUAUGCAUGUUAAAGUGAUAGCUCACCCAAGAAUUUAAAUUUACUCACCCUUAGGUGGUUCCAAGUCUCUUUUUUUUCUGUCGAACACUAAAGAAGAUAUUAUGGAAACAUGUUGGAAACCUGUAACCAUUGAAAUUCACAGUAGGAAAUUCCGUACUUCUUCAAAAUAUCUUUUGAGAAAGAAACUCAAAAAGGUUUGUGACAAGUGAAGGGGGAGUAAAUGAUGACAGAAUUUUGAGUUUUGGACAACCUAUUUCUUUAGGUCGACGUCACAGUUUUUAGGUCCAAAUACUUUAUCAGAUGGUAAAAGCGAACAACAAAAGGUACUAAAUAAAUUAUGCUCACAGUGUCAUAUUAGUAUCAUAAUCUCAGAUAGUCAGACAGAGAUUCAUCCGCUAUAAAUUAUAAAUAUCAGUGUCUGGAACCCAGAUAGUCUAGACCCAGCAGACACACAACAUCAUAAGAUGUUAAUAUUAGAUUAGAUUUAGGUCACCAGUGUCUAGGGACAAUGUUAUUUUGAUGUCCAAUAACUACAUGAAAUCACGUUGAUAUUUUGUUGAUUUUAGGUGGGAUUAGAAAGUGACCAAAAUCCAACGUAAGGCCAACAUCUGAAACCAAUGUCAUGACAUCAAAUACUGACAUUUAUUUAUCAUGUAUUGCAACCAAAAUCCAAUGUCUGAUAGAUGUCAUAUUGGUAACGUCCACACAAUGUCAAGAUGUAACAUUAUUAUGUUGCUUUUAGGUUGCCAAAAUGCAAUGUCUGUCUAACGUUGGACACUGAUGUCGGCCUGACAUUGGGUUCUGAUGUGAACUCGAUUUUCAUUUCCAAACAAAAUGCAAUAUCCAACAACGUUGGGGUACAAUGUCAAUCUGAUUUUUUUUUUUUUUUUUGG